AUGGACUACAAAGCUCUGGAUCUUGAUUGGAAUGAGAUUCGUCUCUUAACAUUCUUGCCACAAGACGCUGAUGGUCGUAUUCGAUGUCGCCUUGACCAUGCCUCUCUCAUCAAUGCUCCAGCUUACGCUGCUCUUUCGUAUUGCUGGGGUGAUCCCACUCCAGUGAAGAGUAUAGUCAUCAACGAUGUUGAAGUUGAAAUCGGACCGAACCUCGAAUCUGCUUUGCGGUGUCUGCAGUCACGAGGCUACGACCGGCUCUGGGUAGAUGCGAUUUGUAUCAACCAACAGGAUAAUGUUGAAAAAAGCCAACAGCUCUUAUGGAUGGGCUCGAUCUAUCGACGAGCGACGCGAGUCGCAGCAUGGGUU